AUGGCCGCGCUCCUCUUCUGGGGCAUUCUCCUGGCGUGCUGUGCCCGCUGCCAGGCGCUGCCCGUGGAGCCGGGCGCUGCGCCCUCCUGCCCGCCCCAGUGCCACUGCGAGCAGGACGGCAUCACGCUCUCGGUGGAUUGCUCCGAGCUGGGGCUCUCGGAGCUCCCUGCCAGCCUGAGCCCUCUCACCGCUUACCUAGACCUGAGCAUGAACAACAUCAGCCAGCUGCAGCCCCACGCGCUCCGACACCUGCGCUUCCUGGAGGAGCUACGCCUCUCUGGAAACCAGAUCUCCAAGAUCCCAGGGGAAGCUUUCUCUGGCCUCUACAGCCUGAAGAUUCUGAUGUUGCAGAACAAUCAGCUGAGCCGCAUCCCUGCAGAGGCACUGAGAGAUCUUCCAAAUCUCCAAUCUCUCCGCCUGGAUGCAAACCUCAUCUCCGUGGUGCCCGACAGGAGCUUUGAGGGGCUGCUCUCCUUGCGUCACCUGUGGCUGGACGAUAACGCCCUGACGGAGAUCCCCGUGCGAGCCCUGAACCACCUGCCAGCGCUGCAGGCCAUGACCCUGGCCCUCAACCAGAUCUGGCACAUCCCCGAUUUCGCCUUCCAGAACCUCAGCAGCCUCGUGGUGCUGCACCUGCACAACAACCGGAUCCAAAGCCUGGGAGCCAACGGCUUUGAUGGGCUGCACAGCCUGGAAACCCUGGAUCUGAACUACAACGAGCUGCUGGAAUUCCCCGGGGCUAUCAGGACACUGGGCCGGCUGCAGGAGCUUGGUUUUCACAACAACAACAUCAAAGCUAUUCCGGAGAACGCAUUCGUUGGGAAUCCCCUCCUCCAAACAAUCCAUUUUUAUGACAAUCCCAUCCAGUUUGUUGGACAGUCUGCUUUCCAGUACCUGCCAAAACUCCACACUCUGUCACUCAAUGGAGCCACGGACAUCAGGGAAUUCCCGGACCUUAAAGGCACCACCAGCCUAGAAGUUUUGACCUUGACCCGAGCAGGAAUCCAUUUCCUCCCCAGAAGGAUGUGCCAGCAGCUGCCCAGCCUCCGAGUCCUAGAGCUGUCACACAACCAAAUUGAAGAGCUGCCCAGUUUCCACCGGUGCCAGCAGCUGGAGGAGCUGGGUCUCCAGCACAAUAAGAUCCAGGAGAUUCGAGCAGACACCUUUGUGCAGCUGAUGGCCCUGCGCUCCAUAGACCUGAGCUGGAAUUACAUCCAGUUUAUUCACCCAGAAGCCUUUGUGACCCUGCACUCCCUCACCAAGCUGGACUUGACUGACAACCAGCUGGUCACGCUGCCCCUGGAUGGUCUGGCUGGACUGACCCAUCUGAAGCUCCAAGGCAACCCAGCUCUCUCUGAGCCCUUCACCAAGGAGAACUUCCCCAAAAUGAGAGUCCUGGAGGUGCCCUACGCCUACCAGUGCUGUGCCUACGGGAGCUGCAGCGGCAUCUUCAGGGUGUCCAGCCAGUGGGAGGCAGAAGACAUGGCCCCUGAGGAGGAGGAUCCACACAAGAGGACCUUGGAAUUGUUCCCAGGUCACACUGACAACCACUAUGACCUGGAUGCAGAUGAUCUUCAGCUGGACCUUGAGGAGUCGAAGCUGCACCCCACUAUCCAGUGCACACCAAGCCCGGGUCCCUUCAAGCCCUGUGAUCACCUGUUUGAGAGCUGGAUCAUCCGCCUGGGAGUCUGGGUCAUCGUUCUGGUCUCGGUGCUCUGCAACGGGCUGGUCAUCCUGGCUGUCUUUGCUUCCCCCAGCUACCUCUCCCCGGUGAAGUUCCUCGUGGGCUCCAUCGCUGGGGCCAACAUGUUGACAGGCAUCUCCUGCAGCAUGCUGGCCCUCGUGGACACCCUCACCUACGGCCGCUUUGCCCGCUACGGCGCCAGAUGGGAGUCGGGUGCGGGCUGCAGGGUGACAGGGUUCCUGUCCGUGCUGGCCUCCCAGGCUGCCAUCUUCCUGCUGACCCUGGCUGCUGUGCAGUGCAGCCUCUCAGCCUCCUGCGUGCGGGGAUAUGGGAAGUCCCCGUCCCUAGGCAAGGUCAAGGCUGCCGCCGGUUGCUGCCUGUUGUUGUCCUCUGUGGCUGCCGUUCUGCCUCUCUUCUCCAUUGGGGAAUAUGGAGCCUCCCCUCUCUGCCUCCCAUACCCCAUCCCAGAGGGGAAACCCACCACCCUGGGCUUCACCGUGGCCUUGGUGAUGACAAACAUGCUCUGCUUCCUGACCAUCACCGGCACCUACAUCCGCCUCUACUGCAACCUGCUGAAAGGGGAGUUCAGCGCUGUCUGGGACUGCGCCAUGGUCAAGCAUGUGGCCUGGCUGAUCUUCACCAACUGCCUCCUCUACUGCCCAGUGGCCUUCCUCACCUUCUCCUCUACCCUCAAUCUCUUCCUUAUCACCCCAGAGGUCAUCAAAUCCGUCUUCCUUGUGGUCCUGCCCCUGCCUGCCUGCCUCAACCCCUUGCUCUACCUGCUCUUCAACCCCCACUUCAGAGAUGACUUCCGCCUGCUGAGGCAGAAGGGGCAGGACAAGGGCAGCUUCCCUCAGUCCUGCAGGGCUGAUGACAUGGAGAAAAGCUCCUAUGACUCCACCCAGGCUCUGGUGAACUUCUCCGACAUCGACCACAUGUGUGAGACACCUGAUUCUCUGGGAGUGCGCCCCAUCCUUGACAGCUACAGCUUCCCCUCCAUGACACUCAUCCCCUGCCAGCAAAGGGUGGGCACCAGGGGCAAGGAGAGGGGCUGCUCUGAGCAUUGCCCUUGCCUCAAUGACAGUGAGGUGCUGAUAACUUCAGAGAGCCGGGAUGUGUCUGGCAGCAGCCUCCGGAUAACCUUCUUCCCCUCCCCACCCACGCCGCCCUACACAUCUCACUUAUAA